AGAAAUGUUAUUUAGUUUUAGAUUCCUAGUAUUCCCAGCUCCGGAAAAGUUUGCUUUCUUUCUAAGGUACCUACAGGAUCCCACAGCUCUGGAGGGAGCUUUCUGGUGGCUUGUUGUCAUGUCUACAUCUCUGAUUUGUCUGUGUGGUUACCUGUUGCAUUGUGACUGAUCUCAGAUUUUGUUACUGUUUUUGGAUGAACCCAUUGGGAACCUCAACACCCUUGUUUAUCCCAUGCAUCCCAGGAGGGGUUAACAGAGCUGAGUGUUUUUGGGGUGACGUCGUCUUCAAGAACCCCCCCUCUCCAGUGGAAGCAUUAGUAGAUGUUGUCACUCUGCUUAAAGUCUUGUAUGGUUGGAAUUGUGAAACCGGAGAUCCAGACAAACUGAGCAUGCCAAGGCAAAGACUCUGAGACCUGCAGGCUGAGUUCACGGAAUAGUCUGUAAACUCAGGAAUUGAGAAAUGUCUCUCUCGCUGUGGACCAGAAUAGGGCUUCUGUCUCUGCAUCUUCUGCACAUCUUUGCCUAUCCCAAAGGACCAAAGUACACAGUUAUCAAUGAGAAUUGCCCUGGAGCGGAAUGGAAUAUAAUGUGUCGUGAUUGCUGUGAAUAUGACCAAAUAGAGUGUGUGUGUCCAGGCACCAACAAGAAGGUGGGCUACACUAUCCCAUGCUGCCGAAACGAGGACAACGAGUGUGACUCAUGCCUCAUUCAUCCAGGCUGCACUAUAUUUGAAAAUUGCAAGACAUGUCAAAAUGGCUCUUGGGGUGGGACUCUGGAUGACUUCUAUAUAAAGGGAAGUUACUGCUCACAAUGCAGGAUUGGCUGGUACGGAGGAGACUGUAUGAGGUGCGGUGAGGUCAUACAGGCGGCUCGUGGAGAGAUUAUAAUGGAAAGUUAUCCGUUCAAUGCGCACUGUGAAUGGAGCAUACAAGUUACAUCUGGAUACACUGUGGAACUCAGGUUUGCAAUGCUAAGCACGGAGUUUGAUUAUAUGUGUCAAUAUGAUUACUUGGAGAUCCGAGAUGGUGAUAAUAUAGAUGCCAAGAUAAUAAAGCGGUUCUGUGGAAACGAGAGACCUCUGCCCAUCCGUAGCUCUGGGAAUUCUUUGCAUCUCCUUUUCCAGUCAGACGGAUCAAAGAAUUUUGAUGGAUUCUAUGCCACCUUUGAAGAACUCACAGUGUGUUCCUCCUCUCCAUGUUAUCAUGAUGGGACAUGUAUUGUGACGAAUACAGGAUCCUAUAAAUGUGCGUGUCUGGCUGGAUACACCGGAAAACAUUGCGAAAAUGUUAUAGAAGAAAAAACUUGCAAAGAUCCAGGUCAUCCUUUGAAUGGAUACAGGAAACUACCAGACCAAGAAAAUCUAAGAAGCGGGAACCACGUGACAAUUGGUUCCAGCAUCCACUACUUCUGUAACAAUUCCUACGUCCUCAGUGGGAACCAACAGAGGACCUGUCUGGAGGGAGGACAAUGGUCGGGGAAGCAGCCUAUCUGUAUUAAAGCAUGUAAGGAACCCAAGAUCUCUGACCUAGUGCGACAGAAAGUCCUUCCCUCGCUUGUCCAGUCUAGGGAGACACCUAUACACCAACUGUACUCUUCUUCAUUCACCAAGGAAAGUAAAAAUGGCAUCUACCCCACCAAAAAGACGGCACUGCCAACUGGAGAGCUCCCACCAGGUUACCAGCAUCUGCACACACAGCUCCAAUACGACUGCAUAUCUCCUUUCUACCGGCGCACCGGCAGCAGCCGAAGGACCUGUCUGAAGACUGGGAAGUGGAGUGGCCGAGCACCAUCUUGUGUUCCUAUUUGUGGAAAACUGGAAAACUUCACUGUCUCAAAGUUAUCAAAAACGCGGUGGCCAUGGCAGGCUGCCCUGUACAGAAGAUCUAAUGGUGUAAAAGAUGUCAAUCUGAGGAAGGGCUCGUGGGUCUUGGUGUGUAGCGGCGCACUGCUUAAUGAACGCACAGUGGGAAUAGCCGCUCACUGUGUCACUGAUCUUGGGAAAAACUCUGUAAUCAAGGUGUCGGACCUGAAAGUAGUGCUGGGGAAAUUCUACCGAGAUGACGACCGAGAGGAGAAAAGCCAGCAGCAUCUACGUAUCUCUGCUCUCAUUGUGCAUCCGAACUAUGACCCCAUUUUGCUGGAUUCUGAUAUUGCUGUCAUCAAACUUCUGGACAAGGCAAGAGUGAGUGACUAUGUACAACCAGUUUGUGUCUCUGCGGCAAAUGAGCUGGGAUCAUCUAUGAUGGACUCUAGAAUAGUCAUCAGUGGGUGGAGGAUCCUUGUUGACCCCAAAUCUCCAGGUUACAAAAAUGAGACAAUUCGAGCUGGAUUGGUGGAACCUGUGGAUUCCUUACUUUGCGAGCAGCAAUAUGAAGAGAAUGGUAUCUCAGUUAGCGUUACUGAGAGCAUGUUCUGUGCCAAGCAAACAUUCUUGUCUAAUUCCAGCAUCUGUCCUUCAGAAACUGGUGGCAUUGCCACUGUUCUGCUACCAGGGACAACAUCACCAGAGGGCAACUGGCAUCUACUAGGACUGGUCAGCUGGGGCUACGACAAGACCUGCAGCCGGGAGCUGUACACUGGCUACACUAAAGUGGUCACCUUUCAAGACUGGCUAGACAAGAAUCUGAAGUAAUGUAUGCCGACAAAAGUGCUUGUGUUUAAAUAAGGACCCAGUUAGACAUUAAGGGCACAAGACUGCUUCCCGCUUCCUUUUACAAGCAACACUUUAUACAUGUAUAUGACAAUAUUGAGCAUCUCAUGUAUAGACUUACUGCCAAGCAGAACUAAUAUUCCAUUAAUAUUUGGGCAAGUGCAAGACAAGCUGUAACAAUGACCCCGGAUUGUAGAAGUGUGUCUAGAACUUCAUGUAACAUUUUGUUGCUGAUGUAAGAUAAGAUGUGAAAUAUUUUUUACUAAGAGAAAUAUACGGAGCAAUACAAAGCUUGUGUUGUAUCUGCAGAUAAUUCUGAACUAGAUAAAUUGUUCUAGAGCCAGAAGGGAGUGCAGUAUGCAGUAUUUUGUGUACACAACUUUGUGAGUUUAAUCCACCAGAGGAAUUCUCCAUCCUUGAAAUAUUAGUCCAGGAAAGUCUCCUGAGUUUUACCGAGCUCCUUGAGAUCCAUUACUUCUCCAUUAUGUAAUUUAGAGGGUUGACCUUUGAACAGUUGAGCAAGUAAAACUGUUUAUCUCACAGGGGACUCUUAAACUAACUGGAAUUCUUUACCAAGAGAUGUGUUGUUAAAAGGAACGUGUGUGUGCGCUUAUUAUUUUAAGAAAGAUUUCUGUGCACCUGGAGCAAUCAUUGCAUUUAUUCCCUGCUAUAAAGGGCUGCAACACAACUUCAUAAACUCUUAAACAAAUAGGAGAAUGGGCAGACACGAUAUGCAGACUAUCAGGCGUGACUAAGGUACUAACGUGCCUAAACGUUGUCACGUCCACUCUGUUGGAUGUUUGGUUGAAUAAAA